AAGAAUGAUGUGUUCAAUUUGAGACGAUCGGGAAAGAGGUAGAGGUAAUUUUCACCGGUGGAUAGUUUUAUUUAAAAAACAGGCAAUAUGCCGUUUAUGAUUGGUGCGGCGCCUAUACGAAGAACGUGGAGAUAUUUAAACGCUGGUAAAUUAGUCUUAAAAAAUGAGAUACAAAUAUUUUCCAUUAAUUAUAACGUACACGGACAUAAUCAUAAAGGAGCUAGAGAAUUCAUAUUCUGGAAUCUAUCGCAAAUUCAGUAUAAAAACCCAAACGUGCAAGUGGUUACAUUUAAAAAUUUGACACCAACUCCUUUUGUAAAAUGUUACUAUGACGAUGGAAAAACUAUGUUAAUUGACAUAGACAAUAAAUCUAAAGAAGACAUACUAGGACAUCUUAUGAAAGUUGUUGGUAAAUCCGAAGAUGUUUUGAGAGAAGAGAACAUAACACAAGAAAAGAAAGAUAAUCCUGCAAAUUUUGGUGUUGACUGUUCAAGAAGUUGUAUGUGUGUAGUUCCUGGUCAAUUGCCAUGUCCUUCUGUAGUACCUUUACCAUUUCAUAUGCGUGGUAAAUAUAUACAUGCCAAAAAGGAUGAUUAACUCUAAGAUUAUUUUCAAUGUUACAUAUAAAUAUAUUAAAAGUAACUACUGUAAUUAUUUUUUAUGUUUUAUUGAGUUGUUUACUAUUUACACAUA